AUGUCCACCACUGUUAUCACCGCCGCGGUGAAUACUGGGGAUGCUGUCCCUCUGACCGACUUGAUCACGUCGCCAUCCGCACCCGCACCCGUAGAGAACGAUAACAAAGAAAAAGGUACCCUGGAAGCAGCCAGCAUCAUCUUCAUCCUGACAGGGGUCACUUUUAUCAGCGUCUCUGGUACAGGAAUUCUUACCACCGCGCUACCACAGAUCGCCCGGGACAUUAACCUCGACAAUGACCUCUUACUGUGGCCAGCAUCGGUAUAUGCUCUCGCGGCAGGGUGUACUCUCCUUGCCUUUGGCGCCGUAGCCGACAUCGUCGGCUCCAAGUAUAUGUGGCUCCUCGGAAGUGGCGCCUCUACGUUCUGGAUCCUGGGAUGUGGACUCGCCCAGAGCGGCACUCAGUUCAUAGCUUUUCGAGCCAUGCUGGGCAUCUUCGUGGCCAUGUGUCUGCCCACGUCAAUGAGCUUGGUGACAGCUUCGUUUCCUCAGGGGCCGAGGCGCAAUGUUGCUUUUGCGGUGACUGGCAUGGGUCAGCCACUGGGUUAUGCAGCCGGAUUGAUCCUCGGGGGUGUAUUGACUGAUACCAUUGGUUGGCGUUGGGCUUUCUAUAUCACGACAAUUCUGAACUUCUUCCUAUUUAUCGCGUCGAUAUUCAUGUUGCCGAGCACAAAGCCUCACAAGGUCUCGCUCAAUCGCGUUUUAAACGAGAUCGAUUGGACUGGGGUCCUCAUUCUCUCGGUUUCCCUAGGGCUACUGUCCUAUGUAUUAGCGAUGAUUACUCUUAGCUAUGAGAGAAUUCACGAUGCGCAAAAUAUCGCCAUUUUGGUAGUAUCGGUUGCAUUGCUGCCAACAUUCACCUUCUGGAUGCACCGACAGGAGAAGCGUGGAAAACCUGCCUUGAUACCAAACUCACUAUGGCAAAGCGUGCCAUUCCUUUCGGUCUGCAUAUCAAUGUUCCUCACUUGGGCGGCAUUCAAUGCUUUUCAAUACCAGUCCACUUUAUACUUCCAGGAUAUACAGGAUCUUUCCGCUCUUCAAGCCUCCAUCCGAUUCCUACCGAUGGCGGUGCUCGGUGUUCUUACCAAUUCGGCGACCGCAUACUUGGUCACCAAAGUCCAAGUCAAUGUUUUAUUAGGAAUUUCGGCACUGAUAACUUCUAUAUCACCGAUCUUGAUGGCCCUUGCCAGUCCCUCCUGGACUUAUUGGACUGCGACAUUCAUUGCAAUGACAUUGAGUCCGCUCAAUGGUGACGUCCUUUGGACCGUUUCCAGCCUAGUCAUUUCUCGCUAUUUUCCAGGAAAAUCGCAGGCACUGGCUGGCGGUGUUUUCAACACAAUCUCCCAGCUGGGUAACUCGGUGGGACUAGCAAUCACUGCCGCGAUUGCAGCCUCGGUGACUGCCCAUAAAGACAGCUCUGGUUCUGAGGAGGCUCUUCUACUAGAAGGCUAUCGCGCAGCAUACUGGACGAUCUUCGCUGCCAUGGUUCUUGUAUGCUUUUCCAGCUCAAUUGGCCUUCGCCAGCUAGGCAAGGUCGGCAUUAAACAGGAUUGA